UCUUAACGCAUGUCGUAAGUUGAAGCGUAUUCUGUCAAAGUCGGCAUCUCUCCUUGUGCAUCCAAAUUUUGCAUCUGCGUGAAAAUUGAAAAUUCUUGUGCAAAAUACAUCACUUUCUCCUUUAGGAUACGUGAUUUUUUUCCAAAAUGGGUAAGAAGAAGCGCGACAAUGUGUCGUCAGAUUCCGAGGGAGAGAAUGAGUAUCAAGUGGAGUCGAUCAUAGAUCGUCGUGUGAAAAAAGGCAGGGUCGAAUAUUAUAUCAAAUGGGAGGGUUAUUCUUCUGAAGAAAACACCUGGGAACCUAUUGACAACCUCGACUGCCAGGAACUCAUUGAAGAAUUUGAGGCGGCUCGGGCUUCUUCAUCCAAGGAUGACUCUUCUAAAGAUUCCUCGAAGUCUAAGACACGCAAACCGAGCAAACGCAAGGCCGAAGAUGAGGAUUCGGAGGAGGAUGGUGGUGGCCCGAAAAAAUCCAAGAAGAGUCUCGUAAGUUCGGAUGACAGUGAUCAUGAGACAGAAAAUAAAAGUAAGACAACGGAGAAAAGUCGAGCUAAAAAGUCGAAGAACAGCGAUGGUGAUCAUAAAUCUAAAAAUGGAGAUUCGCAGCAACUGGUUCCGGAGACAAUUCUUGGUGCUACUGACAUCAAUGGGCCGCUUAUGUUUCUUGUGAAGUGGAAGGGAACGGACAAGGCUGAAUUGAUUCCUGCAAAGGAGGCGAAUGUCAAGUUCCCUCAAGCCGUCAUUGCGUUCUAUGAACAGAGACUCAUUUGGCAUUCUGUUAAGGAUAAGGCUAGCGAAUAAGGAUAUUAUUUUUAAUUUUUGCCUAAUAAGAUUAAUCCCAUUCUGGAAUUGACAAACAAAAAAUAGUGUAACAAGAAAGUUUCUCUUUUCCUACAUAAUAUUUCUGUAUGUGUCAAUUUUGAAUUUGUUAUGAAUUAAAAGAAAUUUUGUUUAAAAUUAAAUUCCUCUCAAAAUUUAAAUGAUUUUUAAAAUUCCAGAAUUGUGAAGUGUUAUCUCUUAAAAUCACAAGACACCAUACUCAACUUCUCGCUGUAAUUUGUCCAAAAAAUUAGAGAUGCGUUAUAUCUCAACAUUCCCUUAUUGGUUUCUGAUUGCGAGAAACAAAAAAGGUGUUCACAGUACACACAGAUCAAUGUUAGUCCAGAAAAACAAUAUCAAAUGUCUAUCAGUUCUAACUUUGGGAGAAAUGAAAGUUGUUUUUAGUCAACGUAUGUUUUGUAUUACAAAAAAAGAAAUGAAAAUUCAGUGAAAUAUCAUGGUUUUUGGAAUUGAAACACAAAA